AUGCUUACAGAAAAACAACAAAAAACCUAUGAUCUAUUUCAGUUAAUGCCCAGAAAAAUUAAAAGAAUCUUUCAUCGAAUCAACAUUGAUGGUACAAAAUGGGCUAACGAAUGUGUCCAAAAUCCGAAUCCUGAAGCGAAAAAGCAAUUGGAAUCCAUCUUAAUGGAUAUCGAUUUCAUUCAUCUUAAUUUUGACGAAGGUCAAGAUGAAUUGGCAAAAAUCGCAAGAGAUCUCCUAAGACCUUUCCGAAAUAGAUACAUGAGAUCUCUUGCGAUUUUUGUGCCAAAACAAGCUGGUGUGAAAAGGAAACUAAAUUCUGGGGAUGGAAAUAAUAAAAGGGCUAAACGCCAAUAA